GCUUCGGUUUUCACUCCCCCCUCCACCUAGGUAUUCCAUCCCACACGGGUAAACAACAACAACACAACUGACUUGACCAGCCGUAAACAGAAGUUGACGUGGAGUGUCAGAAUCGUUGCUAUCUUUCCACAACCAAUUAUUUAGUUUGUUUUCACUGCGUCAAUAAGUCUUCCACAUUCUUCAUAUGCCUGAGGUUUGACAUUUUCAUGCAAAACUCGGCUGCUUCUCCGUCGUCACAAAUCGCCAACAAUAAUGGAAAUGUACUCUCGAAUGGUAGCAUGUACUGCUCUACUUCCACACUCAGUGAUACUGGAUCGUGGGACACAGAUUUUGAUGACGACCAGAACUCUGAAAGUUCUGGAUUCUACGGUGAUGUCAGUACCAAUGUAACAAAUGUCGAGAAAGCAGCUCCUGAAGUUCAGACAAAGAGUUCUGGUGUUGGUCGGGUUGCUGCUCUUGCCAAAACUGUGGCUGCAUCAUUGGCUGCGUCCGGCCAUUCAGGCUCAUCAAAGUUUCCGAGAUCAUUCAAGAAAAAUGAGACACCAUCCCAUGAGGCAGUUGGGGCUGAUUCUGGAAGGCGAUCAGUUCAAAGGCCGUCAGAGCGCCCCCUGCUCAGGCCUCCUGCCAAACCUCUCUCCAUUCAAACCAUAUCAGCCCCUUUUCCAGUUACUGGCCAGCAAAUCCAACUUCAAAAUGAUAGGUUGGCAACCAAGGAAAGGGUGCCUUCUUCUAAUGGUAUAAAUUUAAAAAGUUCUUUCACAGCUGGUUUGCCUAAACCUCCAGGCCCUGAAUCAGAACAGGUCCAACAGGUCAUUGGAGCCUUAGGUCACUUAUGGUCAUCAGAUUCAAUAAGUCUUUCCUCACAGACUCAGAGUGACGAUGACUAUGAGCCAGUGCAGUCUGACUCAUCACCUCAAUUGCCACGCUUGAGUCCUUUGAAUGACCCACAUUCCACCAAUGCCGCACCUCAGUCUUUUUUACAUUCAUCUCCCCGAUCAAUCAUUGAUCAUCAUACUCCAAACUGCAGCCCAGGCUACUCCAAAGCAUCUGCACAAUCCACGCCAUUUCUUCACGGUUCAGCUGCAUCUGCUGCAACGUCUCGACUUUCUCAGUGCUCAAAGAGAUCUAGUGGCUGCGACAGUGUUUACAGCCCUUGCUCCAGUGGAUCAAGCUUGUCUGACGGGUCCCAUCAUACCAUCCUCCAAGUGCAGCAGAGUGUAGAUGGUGUUUACGAGCCCAUUGAAGAAAAACAGAAGAUUCAAACCCAUUCUCAGAGAAGCUUCCUCCAUUCUAAGCAGAGUGCAGAAAAAAGUGAAAGUAAGAGGGUGACCUCCGUGAGCUCCAGCACCAAGAGCGUGCAACUAGACCAGCGGCCGCCUGUACCCAACAGACCUCUGCCUCCAACACCUAGGCCCCAACAGGAAAAACCGAUUGCUGAUGCUGCAAGAGGCGGACUUUUACCAGCAAAUUUAGAUCAUCAGCCUUGGUUUCAUAAUGUUGAUCGUAAGCAGGCUGAAGAAUUAAUAAAAAAUGGUGUUGAUGGGUACUUUCUUAUCAGACCCUCAUCUCAAUCCCAAAACCCAUUAACAUUGACCCUUUGGUACAACCAACGAGUUUACAACAUAAGUGUCCGUCAGAGAAAGGAUGGACGCAUUGCCCUUGGGUUUGAGAAGCCAGAUGAGCAGAGUUUUUCAUCAAUUGAAGAGAUGGUCAUAAACUAUCAAUCUGAAAAUCUGCUCCUCUUUAGCAGAAAUGAAAGAACGGGUCGCACAGUUUUGAAAAAGUCCCCACCCAAGCUAAGCCAUUGAGAAACAUGUUACCUAACUAUGUCAUAAUGUUCAACCUCCAAGAGAGUAUUGCUUGAUUAUUUAUUGGUUUUGUGAUAAUUUUCAUUGAAACUUUUGUGAUUAAAAUAAGCCUUUAGAGGAGAGAUUUCAAUAGAAUGCAAGUAGCCAUACUCCCAUAGAAAUAUCAUACAACCAUGAUGAAAGAAUUAUGGCUGCUUGAAUUCUGUUGGAACAUCUCAGUUUAAGACUUUCCAUGAACUAGAGGAUAUCUAUUUUUAAUAUAUUUAUUGUAUUAACAAUUAAGAUUUUUUAUAACUUUUUGUAUGUUUAAGCUGAAUGGUACUUAUUUUCUAUUUUUUCUGCUUCCAUGAAGCAAAAAUGGUAAACAGUUUGUUCUUGAAGACUCUGUCAUAAAAUGACCAAAGAAGAAUGCAAUUGUACAUUUUACAAUCAAAAGAGCAGCUACAGUAUUUUUAAAAAAUCACCUUUGUCUAAUGAUGUGCCAUUAUUUUGUGAACUUCAUUUGUCUGACUGAUCCCAUGUCAACUAAGGAAAAAUAAAAUUUCUUAGUUCCAGCUCUA